CUCAUCUCGCUCUUCGACGCCCACCGCCAGUGUAUCGUGGCCGAGGCGACGCCCACCCAGCGCCUGUAUCCGUCCCUCAGGAGCGACGACUGCGACCGCCCGCUCUGGCUCUGCGGCACCGCCAUUCCUCGCAGCCACGGCUUCUGCGAGCUGACGCUGCUCGGCGACAAGGCCCUCGAUGCUCCCGGUGGCGAGCCGCCCAACCAGCUCCCCCUGACUAUCGCCCACGACCUUGCCCACGACGCUCGCUUCUCGUCCAAGGCCUUUUGCCAGCUGGGCCCCUCUGCUCGCUUCUAUGCCGCCGUCCCGAUUCGGACUCGCCGCGGAAUCAAUAUUGGCGUCUACUGCGUGAUCGAUGAGACGCCCAACAAGGUCUGGACCGAUGGCCAUUCCCAGCGACUACGAGACAUUUCCUGGGCCAUCAUGGACCAUCUCGAGGCACAGCGGCUCAAGGGCGUGCACAAGCGGGAUGUACGGAUGAACAGAGGCUUGGGAUCGUUUAUCGAGGGGAAGCCCACAAUAUUCGGCUGGCAGAAGACCUCAGACGAUGCCGACCCGGCCGAUAACGACGCACCGCCAGACGACGAGCUCAGUCACCGGCAGCAGUUUCUCCGACGACAACACGAAGAGGCGCUCGAGGAUGACCUUGUGGCGAAUCUGUCACCAACGACUCGAAUACCUGAUCCGAUGGGCACGGCACUGCUAGGAAACGCUGCUGCCCCAAACCCGAUCCCGAUUCCGAAUAACGACGCAUUUCUUGGCCGCGAUCGGCAGGACGAAAGCUCGAUCGUCAUCCUUUCGAAAGCCGCCAACAUUGUCCGAGAGUCGAUCGAGGAUGAGGAUGUGAGGCGUCCGAGAAAGCCUUCGCCACAAUGCAGGAUCCUCGGCUACUCUACGUCCAAGUCGUCUAGCAUCAAUGGGACUGCUCCCAGUCUGUCUUGGGUGAAUCUUACAGAUAAAUUCCUAUCCAAGCUUCUUCGACGGUAUCCCAGGGGCCGGAUAUUCAACUUUGGAGCCGAUGGAGAGUUGCAACCGGACGCCGCUGAAGAAGAGCAGCCAUGCCAGUCGCUCGACACUUUGGCCAAGGGCUCCCCGUUGCCCAGUAGAGGAUCAGAAGUCAAUCUCAUAUCGCCGCGUGGCAAGCCGCGGACGAGGGCGUCGACACGGCGGCUCGAGGGAAAGGCUCUUGCCAAGGCCUUUCCAGGAUCUCGGAGUGUGUGCUUCGUUCCUAUUUGGGACCCGAGGAAAGAUCGAUGGUAUGCCGGCGGGUUCAUCUGCACCAAGGACGUUGCUCGAAACUUUUCUCUUGAACAGGAACUAAGCUAUCUGAGGGCUCUGGGAAUGCUUGCCAUGUCCGAGAUCCUGCGGUACAAAGACCUCCGAGCCGACAAGGCCAAGACGGAUGCCCUUGGAUCUCUCUCGCACGAGCUCCGUUCUCCGCUGCACGGAAUCCUACUCAACGCUGAGUUGCUGAUUGACACCAAGCUCGACAUUUUCCAGGGCAACGUUGCCCACACAAUCGAGACAUGCUCCCGCACGCUUCUCGAUACAGUGGAUCACCUCCUAGAGUACUCUCGUAUCAAUCACCUAUCUGGACGAGACGACAGGGCUCUUAGCCUGGCGUCCAACGGCCCUGAUCUGGGCCAAUUCGGCAAGAAAUCCUUACUGCGCGACUCGCAGCUCGACUACAUCGUCGAGGAAGUCAUCGAGAGUGUCUUUGCUGGCUUCAACUUUUUGCACCUGUCUGUCAAGCAGCUCUCGGAUCAUCAACGCGGUUCGAUCAACAGCGAUGUGAAUGCCAACCAUCAUUCGGAUUCGCUACAAGCCAUGGACCAGCUUGAGCCUUGGAUGACGAAGAACGGUGAGCUCAGAUGGAGCUUUGACGAUGUAUUGAUCAUCCUCUCCAUGGACGCACGGUGCAACUGGGCGUACUGCGUCGACGUCGGAGCCAUUCGUCGAAUCGUCAUGAACAUCUUUGGCAAUGCCCUGAAGCAUACCAAACGUGGCACCAUCACGGUAUCACUUACGCAGGAAAUGGCCCGUAUCAGGGGUCGGAAGAAGGAGCGCGUCGUUCGAUUCACAGUGCAAGAUACCGGCAAAGGCAUCGGCGCCGAUUUCCUCAAGCACGGGCUUUUCCGCCCUUUUUGCCAAGAAGAUCCAUUGUCUCCUGGCGCAGGCUUGGGGCUCAGCCUCGUGCAGCAGAUUACGUCUCACUUGCAGGGCGAUGUUUCCAUACGGAGCGAGCUGGGCGUCGGGACGGUCGCCUGUGUCACAUUGCCGUUGGAGCAACUGCCGCUGUCUUCGGGGGUGGCCCCUACAAUUUCCGAUGAAGAAGAAAAGGCGUUCAAGGAGCAGGUGGAGGAUCUCAAGGGCCUGCGUGUGCGAAUUCCCAUGGCGAAUCCGGGCUGGCGGAAGGCCGUGGUCAACAUCUGUCGCGAAUGGCUGCACAUGGAAGUCAUUCCCGACACGCCAGAUACAGCCGUCACGCCGGAUCUUGUGCUGUGGUCUCACAUGGACUUGGCGCGGCUGAGCGAAGACUUUGAAACGUUUGACAAGACACCCAAUGUCGUCGUGUGCUCGAACGCGCUGGUGGCCUAUCGCCAGUCGCAUGUUUUCAAGAAGGCCGGUUCACCCGCCAUUUUUGAGUUUAUAUCUCAACCGACUGGCCCGCGUAAACUUGCUAGGACCCUGCAUUCGGCAUACACGCGAUGGAUGAGUAGUUCCAACUCCCCAACCGCAUCCACCUCGGUUCCAAUGGUGGCCAAACGGCCCAAGGGACCCAAGAGAACGCCGAGUACUUUCUCCACGCCGGCGUCGCCUGGCCCGAAAACCGAGUCGCCCUCGAAGAUCCUUGGAGAAUCAUUGGCCCUACGAGAUAAGCCCGAGGCACCGCAGCUCAAGUUUCUGCUCGUUGAUGACAACUACAUCAACCUCAAAGUGCUCUCGACGUAUAUGAGGAAGCGCAACGUUGCCUUUAAAGAAGCAAAGAAUGGCCAAGAGGCCGUGGAUUGCUUUCUCUCACAUCCUGGCGCGUAUGCGUGCAUCCUCAUGGACAUUUCCAUGCCUGUCAUGGACGGCUUUGAGGCUACGAGGCAGAUCCGGGUUCACGAGGCCCAGAUGGGAUUGACGCCAGUGCCCAUCAUUGCGCUUUCCGGGCUGGCCACUGAAGAUGCCCAGCAAGAGGCUUUUGGCAGCGGAAUGGAUGUGUUCCUUACCAAGCCGGUCAAGCUGGGUGCGCUGGGCAGCCUCCUCGAGUCUCACGGGAUUCUCAACAGUGGUUGA